AUGAAAAGCUCUAGCAGGGAUCAACUAGUGAGGUUGUUUGAAAAAUGUAAUAGUAGCAAAAUUCUAGCUCAAUUGCAAUGUCUUACGCUCAAACUUGGCCUUACUCAUGACAGUUUCUUUGCCACCAAACUUAGUGCCCUGCAUUCAAAAUACACUUCUCUUGUGCAAGCACACAAGGUGUUUGAUGAAACGCCAACCAAAACAGUACACCUCUGGAAUGCUCUUCUCAGAAGCUACUGCAAAGAAAAUCAAUGGAAACAAACUUUAUAUCUCUUUCAUGAUAUGGUAUCUUAUGGAAUUACAAAAGGGAAACCCGAUAAUUACACCAUUCCUAUAGUUUUGAAGGCCUGUGCAGGGCUGCAAGCUCUUGAAUUUGGAAAGAUGGUUCAUGGGUUUGUCGAGAAAAUGGAGAAAACUGAUGUUGACAUGUUUGUUGGAGCUUCCUUGAUUGAAUUGUAUUCGAAAUGUGGAAAAAUGGACGAGGCAUUUCAAGUUUUCUUGGGAUUUUCUCAACCAGAUGUGGUUAUGUGGACUUCGAUGAUAACUGGGUAUGAGCAGAAUGGAAACCCUGAAAAGGCAGUUGAUUUUUUCUCUCAAAUGGUGAUGAUCGAGCAUUUAAAUCCUGAUCCUGUCACGCUUGUCAGCUUAGCGUCGGCGUGCACUCAACUAUCAGACUCGAAGCUUGGGAGUAGCAUACAUGGCUUUAUGAUUAGACGAAAUCUAGAUUAUGAUUUAUCUUUGGCUAACUCGUUGUUGAAUCUAUAUGGGAAGACGGGAUCGGUAAAUGCUGCAGCCAAAUUGUUUGAGGGAAUGCCGACAAAAGAUGUAAUUUCAUGGAGCUCAUUAAUUGCUUGUUAUUCUCAAAAUGGUUUAACAGCUGAAGCACUAAAUCUUUUCAAUGAAAUGAUUGAUAGGAAAAUCAAAUUCAAUUCAGUUACGGCGGUUGGUGUAUUACAAGCAUGUGCAGUUGCAUGUAACUUGGAAGAGGGAAAAAGGAUCCAUGAACUUGUUACUAGGAAAGGUUUGGAGUUGGACAUUUCAGUUUCCACAGCACUAAUUGAUAUGUACAUGAAGUGCUUUUCACCUGAAGAAGCCCUUUAUGUCUUUGAAAAAAUGCCUAAAAAAGAUGUGGUUUCUUGUGCUGCCUUGCUAAGUGGUUAUUCCACAAAUGGAAUGUCAUUCAAGUCAAUGGGAACCUUCAAUACCAUGCGGUUGAACAACAUAAAACCUGAUGCUGUUGCCAUGGUGAAAAUUCUUGUUUCUUGUUCAGAUUUGGGCAUUCUUCAACAAGCACUUUGCCUCCAUGACUAUGUUAUCAAAACUGGCUUUACUAAUAACAUUUUUGUCGGAGCUUCACUCAUAGAACUGUAUUCAAAAUGUGGUAACAUAGUUAAUGCCAUGAAAGUAUUUGAAGAACUGAAAGUAAAAGACAUUGUUACUUGGAGUGCAAUCAUUGCAGGUUAUGGAAUCCAGGGACAAGGAAGAGAAGCUUUGAAACUGUUUAACAAAAUGAUAGAGACAUCAGAAGUUAUGCCUAAUGAAGUAACAUUUCUCUCAUUGCUAUCUGCUUGUAGCCAUGCUGGUUUGAUUGAAGAAGGGAUCAAUAUAUUCAACAUGAUGUUGCAUAAAUACAGAAUAAAACCCAUGAUGGAGCAUUACAGCAUCAUUGUCGACCUUCUUGGUCGAACUGGAGAACUCGACAGGGCUCUAAACUUUGUUGAGAAAAUGCCAAUUCCAGCAGGGCCCCAUGUCUGGGGUGCCCUAUUAGGCGCUGCUUGUAUUCAUCACAAAUCUGAAUUGGGAGAAAUUGCAGCAAAGAAUCUCUUCAAGUUAGAUCCUAAUAAUGCAGGAUAUCAUAUACUGCUAUCUAAAAUUUAUGCUGUGGAGAAGAAUUGGGACAAUGUGGGAAAACUUAGGGAUAUGGUCAAGGAGAAGCGUUUGAAGAAGAUGUUUGGGGAAAGUGUAAUUGAAGCAGGAAAUGAGGUCCAUAGUUUUGUAGCUAAUGAUAGAUUACACUCAGAAUGUGACCAGAUUUAUAGGCUGCUUAGAAAUUUGAAUGUUAAUAUGAGAGAUGAAAGUUAUAGCUCUAACUCAAAAUCUUGUUUACAGGGCACUGUGGAAAUUGUAUAGUAAACAUUCUCUUGUAGGAGGAUGUCUUGAAAUUGAGUGGGAAACCAAACUAUAAGUUAUAUAAUCUAUCUCUUCUCACAA